UCUGCGACAGGGGUUGCUUCUCAUCACUGCCCUGGGACGUUAAUUUUAGUUUGUGUUAAGAAAAAAUCUAAAAUGUGAAAAGUGAGAAAGGUGAAGUGAAUAUGGUGGACUCAGAAGCGUAGCUUCCACUUUAAUUCGAUGACGAUGGCCAAUAUAUGCCGCUCGCAGCAUUCGCCUUCGUAUCAUUCUUCAACACUCUCUUUCCAUUUUUACUCCUUUCUUUUUCCUGCAAUUGCUUUCUUUGGAACAUUUAAUGGAUUCUAACUAAGUCCUUAAGAGGAUCUUGGAUUUAGUUUAUAUGCUCCAAACUUGGUGGAUAUGAUUUAUAUGAUCCAACUUGAGGAGGGAGUGAAAUAGUUGUUUAUUAUCUGUUGUACAGCUUUAUAAAGCUGCUCUUUGUCUAUAUCUAGCUUAAGGGUUAAGAGCCAUAGGCUUAGAUACACUCUUUUGCUAUAUUUUAAAUCUCAGUAUUUAUAACUUAUUUGGACUUGUCAUAUAACAUGGGUACUUGAUUAAGUGUGUGAGAGAAUAUAUGAAAAUAGGUUAUGAUGUAUCUGUAAUUUUUUUUUUGUCUUAUAUUAAUAUGCUUUUCAAGAUUACUUGUGAUUUGUGAAAAAAACUUACAAAUUACAUGAAAAUGGUUUAAUUUUUAUUUUCUCUUUAGUAAUAAAAAUAUCUAAUACAUAAUUGUUUUUCUAUUUACUCAAACAGGCGUUUGGUUUUCAGACUGACAUUUUUUAUUAAUUAGGUAAAAGGAAAAUUCAGUGUAGAAAUAUUCAAGUUUCAACUCUUAAAAGCUUCACGAAUCUCAUAGCUAUUAGUGCAGCAGUUUUCACAUAUUGAAGUUGAGAACCACUUCAAACAGUAAUCAAAUAGUAAUACAAAAUGAGUGCAAGCAGUUUGGUAUCAGAGACAAUAUGGAAGGAAAUAGAGUCUACACGCACAUUGAAUGAUGAUCAACUUUGGACUUUGCAUUUCUUGUUUGGCAAGAACUUUGAGGGAGCCACUAGAAUUGUUGAUCAAAGAGGUGUCAGCAAGAUAUCUGCUCACCCCAGUGGAAGGUUUAUCUUUCAGGUUACAGGGGAAUCCCGAAGAAAAGACCAGUAUCUCUGUUUUGCUGAAAACUUUUGCGCUUGUUAUUCUUUCUUCUAUGAUGUUGUCAACAGAGGAGAACAACUUUGUUGUAAACAUCAAUUAGCUGCAAGACUUGCUGCAUCUUUGGGAUCGUAUGUUGAAGUUAAGGUGUCUGAUGAGGAACUAGCUGUGGUACUAUCCAAAAUAUAGCCCUUGCUUUGUAGAAUAAUAAUUUAUAGUAAUUUAUUUGAUAUUGAAUUUAUGGAGCAAGGAACAUAUCAUUUUUUGAUUUUUUUUUUGGUGAACAAAUCAUUUUUAGAUUUAGUUAACAGUGAUGAUCUUAAGAGCAUGUUUGGUUGA